AUGAAUUUUCUUUCUAUCACGCCCUGGCCGAUCGGUUUGUCUCCUCCCAGCUUCUCUUUCAUUUGGACCGUCGGUGUACAGUUCUUCGAGGGACUUUUGGACGGUACACUGGGCGUGGCCAAGACGUACCUGUACGAGAUUUGUCCUCCUAAGUUUCAUUCACUUGCCUUUUCCAUCAUCGGGAUGCCCUUCUCCGUGACCCACUUUGUGGGUCCGGUCCUGGGUGGAUUUCUAGCCUGUCCAGCUACAAGAUUCCCGAUGUUUGAUAAACCGCUCUUCAAGCAGUUCCCGUACCUGCUGCCCUGCGCCGUGGUGGCCUGUCUGCAGUUAAUCCUUCUGAUAGUUGGCUGCAUUUUCCUGGGAGAAUCUCUGGACAAGAAGCCCAAAGCUGAUUACAUCAGCCUGACCCAAAUGUCCAAUCAUGAGGUAGGAGAAGAAGACAAGGAAAAGCCACACCGUGAAUUACUGCGGGACAGACUGGUGCUGAUGCCCUGUGCGCUGUACGCUCUCUUCGCGCUGGCUCACAUCUGCUGCGAUCAGUUGUUACCUCUCCUACUGGUGUCUGACUCUCAACAUGGCGGCUACAACUUUGAUGCUGCAGAGAUUUCCAUCGUCCUGACCGUUGGCCACAUUUAUAGUACCGCCGCACAGGCGACACUUAACCCUUUCCUGGCGUCCAAGUUCACCUACAAGACGGUGUACAUGUGGGGAGUGGCGCUGUACGCAGUGGGGAUCGUCAUGCUCCCGUCCAUGGUCGACAUCACAGGGGCCAUAACGAGUCAGGAAGUUCUUAAAGUCUCAAAUCAAACAGCGAACUCUAGUGGUGUCACACUAAACUUCACAGCAGACUCUGAGUAUCUGUUGGUCUCACCCUCCGUAACAGAAAGUCACAUACAGCCAACUGUACGGAGUCGGCAACCUCAUGAAGUCGCAAACCAAACAGCGAACUCUAGCGAUUUCACACUAACUUCCAAGGCUGAUUCUGCAUAUUUGUCUACCUCAGCACCAGUAACAGAAAGUUACAUACAUCCAAUUUCACAGCGUAGCUCAACCUCUCCCCUGUACGUCGUAGUGACGAAAGAACUGAACACAACAGUCGAGAGGCCGCUUACCGGCCAGUGUCGGCUAGCCGGGGACAGGCGGAGGACCUCCCAGCACUCGGCAUCAGAAGUUCCCGCCAGAGUUUGGGGACCGCUGCUGUCUGUCAUAAUGAUGAUGGAACAGGGAAAAACUCUGACGUAUCUGGCCGCUAUCGUGAUGGUGGGAAACGCCGGUGUUCAAACCACCCGGGGGACAGUUAACGGCAUCGCACAGACGCUGGCGGCGCUGUCCAGGCUGGUGGGGCCGGCGGUGAGCGCCAACCUGUUCGCUUGGACCACUGAUAACGGGAUGUCCUGGCCGAUGGAUCACCAUCUGACCUUCUACCUGCUGACCGUCCUGUGUCUCCUGGUGAUGUUCCUCUGCACCAGACUGCCGGCCUCCUGCAACCUGCCCAGGCCCGCUCCGGGAAGGGACGGCCCCACAGUGUCAGGGGGAGGGGAGAGGGAGGAGGAGGAGGAGGAGGAAGAAGGGAAUACAGCCGACAAACUAAACGCACCUUUCAGAAAAAGUGGUAGUAAGACGUGGAUUGGUGGCGUAGAUGACAAAGACGAUUUUGAAACAAAUCAUCUGCUUCCCUCAGUGUCAGGGGGAGAAGAGAGGGAGGCGGAGGAGGAGGAGGAGGAAGCAAUAGAAGAUGAACUCCGCAAACCUCUUAGAAAGAGCGACAACAAAACGUGGAUUAACGGCGUAGAUGAUAAAGAUGAUUUUGAAACAAAUUAUUUGCUUGCCUCGAACAAUAGUUAGAUGUGAUGUAA